UUCUCCCACUCACAAUUCUCUCUCAACAGCCACAAUUCCUCUCUCUCUCUCUCUCUCUCUCUAGGCAUGGGUUUGGGGAAGAAGAUGGGUUGGGCGCUGCUGUGGAUCUGCGCAAUGGGGCUGUUUACACUGUCGGCGGCGGCCACGGUCCACAAAGUCGGCGACUCUACUGGCUGGACCACUCUCGUCCCCUACGAUUAUGCUAAGUGGGCUUCUUCCAACAAAUUCCAUGUCGGCGACUCCCUCUUGUUCAACUACAACAACAAGUUCCACAAUGUCUUGCAAGUGGACCAAGAGCAGUUUAAGUCCUGCAACUCAUCUUCUCCGGCGGCGUCGUACACCUCCGGCGCAGACUCCAUCCCUUUGAAGAGGCCUGGAACGUUCUACUUCCUGUGUGGCAUCCCGGGGCACUGUCAAUUGGGUCAGAAGGUGGAAAUCAAGGUCGACCCAGGUUCAUCCUCCGCGCUGCUAGCUCCGUCGUCAGCCCCAAGUCAAAGCCCACUACCCAAUGGGCCUGCACCACUGGGCACACCCUCGGCUCUUGCUCCGCCGCCAAGCGCUGCCUCCACUGUCUCUUACUACUCGCUGCUCUGCCUCCCUCUGGCUGCUUAUGUCGUUGCCUUCUACUCUCUGUGUGUUUGAAUUUCAAUGUUUUAGACUCUCCACUACUACUUCUACUCUGAAUGUUGGACUCACCUCUAAUGUUGUUGUUUCUUGUUUGUAGUAUCAUAUGAGAAUGCCCUUUAUCUUCUUUGCA